AUGCUGACCGAGGAGCAGGUCGAGAAAUUCAAGCAGGAUGGGUUCCUGGUGCUGGAGGACUUCGCCACCCCUGAGGAGGUGGCGGCGCUGAAGCAGCGGGGCGAGGAGCUGGUGGAGGCCUUUGACCCAGCCACCAUCUCCGUCUUCAGCACCCGCAACCAGACCGCCAAGACCGACACGUACUUCCUCGACUCCGCCUCCGCCGUUUCUUUCUUUUUCGAGGAGAAGGCGUUUGGGGAGGGCGGCCAGCUGGAGCAGCCCAAGAACCGGGCCAUCAACAAGAUUGGGCACGCCAUGCACGACCUGGACCCCGUGUUCCGGCUCUGGAGCCGCAGCAGCAAGAUGGCGGGGCUCAUGGCGGCGCUCGGCUUCCAGCGCCCGCUGCCUGUGCAGUCGAUGCUUAUUUUCAAGCAGCCGUAUGUGGGCGGCGAGGUGGUGCCCCACCAGGACAGCUCCUUCCUGGCCACUGACCCCUUCUCGUGCGUCGGCAUUUGGCUGGCGCUGGAGGAUGCGCGGCGGGACAACGGCUGCCUGUGGGCGCUGCCAGGCUCCCACCUGGAGGGCGUGCACCGCCGCUUCCUGCGCGCCGCCGACGGAUCGGUCAGGUUCGACGUCGACAUGCCUUCCUUUGAGGGCCUGGCCGGGUUUGUGCCGGUGGAGGUCAAGGCCGGGUCCCUGGUGCUGCUGCACGGCGGCAAUGUGCACCUGAGCAAGGAGAACACCAGCCCGCACUCGCGCCAUGCCUACAGCAUGCACUUUGUUGAGGGGGCACCCGGCUUCAGCUACCCGCCCGACAACUGGCUGCAGCGGCCCGCGGAGCUGCCCUUUGAGCCGCUGUUUGAUGCCGCUGCAGGGGCGCCUGCAGCAGCAGCAGGCAGCGCAGGCCGCCCUGCAGGGACUGCAGCGUUUGCACAGCCACGCGGCCGCAGCAGCGCGAGGCGCCCCGCGGCGGUUGCGCCGCAGGCGGCGGUGCGUGUGUAUUGA